UUUCUUUCUUUGGAGUGGGUGGCUGAUAUCUCUAAAUAAGACACGUCUCCCCUCCACCCCUAUCUUGAAAACCGGCUCGGAGGACUUGUCUAACAGCCCAGGUGUUUUCUGGCUCGGUGACUUGGGAAACUUACGAAAGGUGUUGCCUCACUCAGGUAUCAGAGGUGGAGCCUAGGCACCGGUUGGAUGAGGAAGCUGUGCCCUUCCUCAGGGCUGCCUUGCUGUACUUUGCUCCUUGGGAAGGUUUCGCUUUGGGCUGGCGGAUGACGGAGCGAGACACACCGGCUGCCUCUGCCCAAAGAGAAGGGGGGAAAAAAACGACAGAUCCUGUCUCAGUUCCACGAGGCGGCUCUUCUCUCAGAUUUGUCUGCGGUCAUUUUGGAUCGGGUCCUUUCCCUUAGCUGACGGUGCAGGCGCUCGGAAGCUGGGUACCGUCUUUGCCCCCCCCCCCAGUUGUGGAAGGAUCCGUGGAUCACCCCUGGCUGGCAGGAAGCCAUCUGGAGCUGAAGACAUUGUGGCAGGCGGAGGAGGCACUGCCCGGUAGAGGUGGCAAAGCUGGCGGCGUUUCAUGAGUGGAGGAAAUAGACUCGUCGUGCCUGUGACGAUGGGCAUACCGGCCUUGGGACAUCCAGAGUCCAAGCCCAGCACAAAGUCCAACAUGUUACGAGGCCGUACCUCCGCUACCUCUGCAGAUGAGCAGCCUCACAUCGGGAACUAUCGCUUGUUGAAGACGAUUGGCAAGGGCAACUUCGCCAAGGUCAAGUUGGCGCGGCACGUCCUGACGGGGAAAGAGGUGGCUGUGAAGAUAAUCGACAAGACGCAGCUGAAUUCCUCCAGCUUACAAAAGCUCUUCCGGGAAGUGCGAAUAAUGAAGGUUUUGAAUCAUCCCAAUAUAGUUAAAUUAUUUGAAGUCAUAGAGACAGAGAAGACACUGUACCUUGUCAUGGAGUAUGCUAGUGGGGGCGAAGUGUUUGACUACCUGGUAGCCCAUGGAAGAAUGAAAGAGAAGGAAGCGCGGGCGAAAUUCCGACAGAUAGUUUCUGCUGUGCAGUACUGUCACCAAAAAUUCAUUGUACAUAGAGACUUGAAGGCAGAGAAUCUGCUCUUAGAUGCCGACAUGAACAUCAAAAUUGCAGACUUCGGUUUCAGCAACGAGUUCACGUUCGGCAACAAGCUCGACACGUUCUGCGGGAGCCCCCCGUACGCCGCGCCCGAGCUUUUCCAGGGCAAGAAAUACGACGGCCCCGAGGUUGAUGUCUGGAGCCUCGGAGUCAUCCUUUACACACUGGUCAGCGGCUCCCUGCCCUUUGACGGGCAGAACCUCAAGGAGCUGCGAGAACGGGUCUUGAGGGGGAAGUACCGGAUCCCCUUCUACAUGUCUACAGACUGCGAGAACCUGCUGAAAAAAUUCCUCAUCCUUAACCCAAGCAAGAGAGGCACUUUAGAGCAAAUCAUGAAAGACCGCUGGAUGAAUGUGGGGCAUGAGGAUGAUGAACUAAAGCCUUACACGGAGCCUGUGCCUGACUACAAGGACCCCCGGCGGACAGAACUCAUGAUAUCUAUGGGCUAUACCCGGGAGGAAAUCCAGGAGUCGUUAGUCAACCAGAAGUAUAACGAAGUAAUGGCUACAUAUCUGCUGCUAGGAUACAAAAAUUCAGAGCUUGACAAUGACAGCAUUACCCUGAAGCCACGGCCCCAACCCGAACUCACCAACAGCACCGCCCCUUCCCCGUCGCACAAGGUACAGCGCAGUGUAUCGGCCAACCCCAAGCAACGCCGCUUAAGCGACCAGGUACCAACCAUCCCAACCUCCACGUCGUAUUCCAAGAAAAUGCAAGCAGCCAAUGCCGAAAACAAGCGACCGGAGGAGGAGAGGGAGGCCGGGCGUAGCAAGGCCGGCAGCACCGUCAAAGUGCCUGCCAGUCCCCUCCCUGGCCUCGAGAGGAAAAAGAGCACCCCCACCCCUUCCACAAACAGCGUCCUCUCAACCAGCACAAACCGAAGCCGCAAUUCACCCAUGCUGGACCGCGCCAGCCUGGGCCAGAACUCCAUCCAGAACGGCAAAGAUAGCACGGCCCCCCAGAGAGUCCCCGUCGCCUCCCCCUCAGCCCACAAUAUCAGCAGCGCCCUCCCGGAGCGCACCAACUUCCCGCGGGGCGUCUCCAGCCGCAGCACCUUCCACGCCGGGCAGCUCCGGCAGGUCCGGGACCAGCAGAACCUCCCUUACGGCCUCACGCCAGCUUCACCUUCCGGGAACAGCCAAGGCGGCAGGAGGGGCGCCUCGGGGAGCAUCUUCAGCAAGUUCACCUCCAAGUUUGUGCGCAGAAAUCUGUCUUUCAGGUUUGCCAGAAGGACCCUGCAUGAGCCCGAAAGCAAAGAUCGCGUGGAGACACUCAGGCCUCACAUGGUUGGCGGCAGCGGGGAUAAAGAGCGGGACGAGAACCGGGAAGCCAAGCCCCGCUCGCUGCGCUUCACGUGGAGCAUGAAGACCACCAGCUCCAUGGAGCCCAACGAGAUGAUGAAGGAGAUCCGGAAAGUGCUGGACGCUAACAACUGCCAGUGCGAGCUGCAGGAGAAGUACAUGCUCCUGUGCAUGCACGGAGCGCCGGGCCACGAGACCUUUGUGCAGUGGGAGAUGGAGGUGUGCAAGCUCCCUCGCCUCUCGCUCAACGGCGUGCGCUUCAAGCGGAUAUCGGGCACUUCCAUGGCCUUCAAGAACAUUGCCUCCAAAAUUGCCAACGAACUGAAGCUUUAACAGGCCCCCCCCGGGGGGGGCAGCCUGCACGCGCAUGGGGGGUGGGAGUUAGGAGUAAAGCUGCAAUUCAACUCUG